AGUCGGACCCGCAGACGAACAGCAGACCACGAUUGAUCGCAGGAUAAGAACACCAGGGCCCUGCAUUCCAAUCCAGUCCACAGUCACUGUAAUGUCUAGGUCCUACGCGCCCGUGCUACCAUCCAGCAACCAAACAGGGUAAGUUAACCUUGUAUCGCUCCACACAUGCUCACACGUUCUUUGCGGCUACAGAUGGUCGUCUGCGUCUGCAGCGCUAGAGCCCCAUCGCUGACUCGUCCCGAUACGCAGCAACUAUCCGUAAAAGACAAGACAUGCCUAUUGGAUACACAGAGAUAACAACUCAAGUCAGAGAAUGUCUGCUUCUGCCGCCCGUGUGGUACCCCUCAGCUGGAGUAUAAAGCACACGAUGUUCAGCUCUAUUGAGACAGGGAAUCCUAUGAGUGAAUUCUACGACUUCUGGAUACGACAAGCGUCUGCGCAGUUGAGCGAACCUGCCGUGAUUUGCGUCGAGAAGUUGCGAAAGUUGCACCCUGAUGCGUCCAUCGUCGCCUUCAGUGAUGUUGCCGGUUUCAACCUCCAAGGCCUCCCAGGGGUCAAGGUCGUUUCUGCUAAGCCGCAGUCAAUAAGCGUGAAAACAUUUGCCCCCGCCGCUCGGAUGGUGUUCCGUGAGGGCGGUGAGGCCGGCAAGCUGGCGGAUAACUGGAAGUUUGCGGCUUUCCAGCUGACAUGGAAGGAUGACGACUUCCUGUGUUAUACUCUGCAAUACACCUAUGGCAUGCGCGGCAUCCAAAUGUCCACCCAUUUUCUCGUGCACAGCUCUGCAGACAGGUGUCACGCCCUGUUGGAAGCUGCAGGUGCAUGGCAAGCACAGCUGCACGAGGAGAUUCUAGUCUUCGAUGAAGCGCGCUGGCAAAAGAGUCACGAGCUCUGGGUUGAGGUCCACAAGGCAAACUGGUCCGACGUCAUUCUGAAAGAGGCGUUCAAAGAGCAGCUCAUGGGGGAUGUGGAAGGGUUCUUCGACAGCGAGGGCUUGUACAAGAGCCUCUCUGUACCGUGGAAGCGAGGUAUAAUUAUACACGGUCCGCCUGGCAAUGGAAAGACCAUCACCCUGAAGGCGAUCAUGAAGACAUGCUCCGAUCGAGGCUUUGCGCCGCUGUACGUCAAAUCCUUCAGACACCACAGAGGCGACGAGGGCGCAAUGGUGGAUGUGUUCAACAAAGCGCGCGAGAUGGCGCCGUGCGUCAUGGUGCUGGAGGACCUCGACUCCCUAAUCACUGACAAGAACCGGAGUUUCUUCCUCAAUCAGCUCGAUGGGCUAGAGGGAAACGAUGGGCUCCUCCUCAUUGCAAGCACGAACCACCUAGAGAAGCUCGACGUCGCUCUGAGUGGGCGGCCCAGUCGGUUCGACCGCAAGUUUGCGUUUGACAAUCCGGAUGAGCGGGAGCGCGCGCUAUACGUCAAGUACUGGCAGAAGAAGCUUGACAAUAACUCCUCCGUCGAGUUCUCCGACGCCCUUGUGGACGAGCUCGUCUCUGAGACCUCUGGGUUCAGCUUCGCGUACCUCAAGGAAGUCUUCAUAUCGUCCCUCGUGCUUCUCGCAAAUCCCAAACACGCCGUGACUUCUUCGUUCGGAGACGUGACGAAGGGCCAGAUCCAGGAUCUUCGGGAGCAGAUGGAGAAGGCAAAGUCACAGGCGGCGGCAAAGCCUUCGACUCAAGAGAGCAGUGGUGGCGGAAUACAAAUGAUCGGCCCGCGGUUCUUUGGGGCUAUGGCUGAGCCCAUAGUCGGCUGAGAGUUGUGUUUGGGACGACUUGUAUCUUGUUGGCACCCGGGUGCACUUGUAACAGUUGGAGAAUCAGUCGCAGCCGUGAAUUGCCUGGCAAUUGACGACGUUCAAUGAAAUCGCGUUGGUUGUGAGCGUGACAUAUGAUAGUGACGUUCAAUGAACAUGCAUCUGAAUACCUACGCGCUUUUUUAAACACACUAGACUUCCUGGAC